AUGAAUAGUGUAUUACUUGUUCUUCUCACCGCGGGACUUUUCGCGGGUGGAUUUUGCUUCAAAACCUACAAUCCCGCUGAUUUGAGGCUCGUCCUCGAGGCUUAUCGCAAUGCCACGAAAAUGCAAAAUAUGCAAGAGAUGCUGGAGAAACAUCUCUGUGAUCUCAAGAUUGAGAUGCGCCCAGAAGAUAUUGGAUUCAGACAAUUCAGAAACUUCGGCCAGUUCUUGUCCAUGGACACCAGAGAGGCAUUUCGUGUGUCCAAAAUCCUCCUGAAGGCUGGCCAAUAUCUCCACAGAGUCUUCUACAGCAACGUCACGAAGACUGAACUGUCUGAGAAAGACUUCUACACGUGGCUUCACGAUCUCAGUCACUACGUGCCGCCGAUCAGAGACACUGCACGCUGGAAGCUGAGCUGCGAUCCCAAAGCGAUGUAUCGCUCCAUCAACGGCACCUGCACUCACGCCAAAGAUCCCAACGCUGGCAGCACACUCACGUCCUUCUCCAGAAUCACGCUGCCCGUGUACGAUGACGACAUUCACAUUGUCAGGCGAGAUGCUGAUUACAGAACUCUGCCGCUGGCACGCAACAUCGUGGUCUACUUGUUCCUCAACUACAGCCCCUUCGCCAACACCGUCGACCAGCUGGACUUUGACAAUAUUCCCAACGUCGCUGGCCUGAUGUUCGGCCAAGUUAUCGCCCACGACAUGACACAGAAGCUCAAUGUUCAGAAUUUGUGUUCUGAGAAUGGCAUUCAGUGCUGCGCGAGGAGAAACUCAAGAGUUCUGCCCGCGGAUGAACUCCACUCCGCUUGCACUCCCAUCCAGCUCAGCCCGCGCGAUCCCAUCUUCGGCCCGGCAAACGUCGGAUGCGUCAAUCUCAUUCGCUCCGAGACAAUUUCCCGCUACGGGAAAACCCUCUCAGCCGCCCAACAAGUCAAUCGCGCCACGAGUGCACUCGAUCUCUCAGUCAUCUACGGAUCAUCUGACGUGGACGCGAAAACAUUCAGAACGUUCCAGGGCGGAAAACUGAUCAUGAGUGCAGAUAACAUUCUGCCCGAGGUCGCCAAUUGCACCACAAAUGCUUGUUAUCGCAUUGGGGACAGUCGAGUGAAUCAGACGCCCUUCCUGGCCAUCCAAUACUCUCUCUUCGCUCGCCAUCACAACCGCGUGGCCGUGAUCUUGUCCACACUCAACUCUCAUUGGAAGGACAAGAAGAUCUUCCAGGAAACCCGACGCAUUCUCAUCGCUCAGUAUCAGCACGUCAUCUUCAACGAAUUCCUCCCGGCCUGGGGCCUGGCAGAGGACGAUGAUCCCGAAGAUCUUGCGGAUCCUGCAGAUCCCGCAGUUGCAGACACUGAAGUCACCGCAGAGCCUGAAGAUGAGCACGUGAAGGCAAUCACGGUGAAUGAAUUCGCAACAGCUGCCUUCAGGAUCUUCCACAUGUUCAUUCCCGAUCAAUACAUGCUCCUGAAUGCCCAGAAUGUCAUCAACAGCUUCAGACUCUCAGACACGAUCUUCAAUUCAACACUAAUCAGAUCCUUCUAUGAAGAUAUCCUUCGCGGAAUGCUGAAUCAGCAGAGUAAUCUGCAAGGAUUCGGCGAUGAAGUACUCAACAGAUUGUUUAAGAAUCUGGAAACGGAUCUGGGCAUUGAUCUCAUGGCGACAGACAUCAUCAGAGGACGAGAUCAUGGGCUGAAUCCUUAUUUGAAGUAUGUGGAAUUCUGCGGAACUUGUGCCAACCAGACAAUCACCAGAUUUGACGAAUUGGGAUGCCUUUUUGACUUCCAGAACAUCGCUAGACUACAGAGAGUCUACAGGAGUGUUCAGGAUAUCGAUCUGAUGGUUGGCGGUGCCCUGGAAAAUGCAGGCAGUGAACUUAUCGGUCCCACAUUCCAGUGCAUCAUUCGCGAGCAAUUCCGCCGAACACGACUCGGCGAUCGCUUCUUCUACAAUCUCACCGACAGCGCCUAUCCAUUCACAAAUGAUCAACUGAACGAGAUCAGAAAGUUCACCGCUGCUCAUUUAUACUGUGGCAAUUCAAACAUCGAAAGAACACCAACGAGAGCCUUCAUCACACCGCGCAGGGAAGCUGAUUUUGUGCUGUGCCGAGAUCUGCCUAGGCUAGAAUACAGCGCUUGGAGGGAAUCUCGACCCUGA